UUGCUCCGUGCCCGGUGGGCGCCGCUCAGCUCCCGCCGCUGCCCCGCGCGCCCCGACCCGUCUAGGGCCGCCUCGCCGCGCGGGCGGGCGCCCCCCACGACCUUCCCGGUGCCGCGGGGCGUCGAGCCCCGCAGGGGUCUGCCCGCGCCGCCCGCCGAGGGCCGACCCACGCUGCCCGCCCGCCCGCCAUGGCCCGCGGGAAGGCGAAGGACGGCGACGGCAACUGGAAGAAGUUCAUCUGGAACUCGGAGAAGAAGGAGCUGCUGGGCCGCACCGGGGGCAGCUGGUUUAAAAUCCUCCUCUUCUAUGUGAUCUUCUACGGUUGCCUGGCAGGUAUAUUCAUUGGGACCAUCCAAGUGAUGUUGCUUACUGUCAGUGAAUUUGAACCCAAAUAUCAGGAUCGAGUGGCGCCUCCAGGACUGACUCAAGUUCCCCAGGUACAAAAGACAGAAAUUUCCUUUGUUGUCACUGAUUCCAAGAGCUAUGAGACAUAUGUGAGCAACCUUGAGAAGUUUUUAAAGGACUACAGCGCUGAUCAGCAAACUGAAAACAUAAUAUUUCAGGACUGUGGGGAUAUACCUGCUGAAUACAAAGACAGAGGACCAUAUAAUGAUGUCCAAGGCCAGAAGAAGGUUUGCAAAUUCAAACGUGAAUGGCUGGAAAACUGUUCUGGAAUAAAUGAUCCAACCUUUGGGUACAGGGAUGGCAAACCAUGCAUACUAGUCAAGCUUAACAGAAUUCUUGGCUUCAAACCUAAGGCUCCGGUAAAUGAGAGCCUCCCUCCAGAGGUUAUGGCAAAAUACAACCCAUAUCUCAUCCCUGUCCACUGCAGUCCCAAGAGAGAAGAAGAUGCAGACAAAAUAGGCACAGUGGAGUACUACGGGAUGGGAGGCUUCCCUGGCUUUGCCCUGCAGUACUACCCAUACUAUGGCAAGCUCCUCCAGCCACGAUACCUGCAGCCACUGGUGGCAGUGCAGUUCACUAACCUGACCUACGAUGUGGAAGUGCGUGUGGAAUGCAAGGCCUAUGGGCAGAACAUCCAGUACAGUGACAAAGACCGCUUCCAGGGACGUUUUGAUAUUAAAUUCGACAUAAAAAGCAGCUGAUUGUAAGCACAACUCUUUCCCCCCCCUCCUCCUAGCCAUUUAAAAAGGUUUAAAAAACAAAAAGAACAAAAAAACAAACCUACUAGUCUUGAACAAACUGUCAUACGUAUGGGACCUACACGUAAUCUAUAUGCUUUACACUAGCUUUCUGCAUUUACUAGGUUAGAAUGUAAACAAAGUGUAGCAAUAGCGACAAAUAUUUAUUCUACUGUAAAUGACAAAAACAAAAUUGAGCCUUGGGACAUGCCCAUUUUUACUGUAAAUUAUGAUUCCAUAACUGACUUGUAGUAAGCAGUGUUUCUGGCCCCUAAGUAUUGCUGCCUUGUGUAUUUUAUUUAGUGUACAGUACUAUAGGUGCAUACUCUGGUCAUUUUCCAAGCCAUGUAUCGUAUCUGUUUUCUACUUGUGAGCAAAGACUUCUGCUGUUCAAGGUGUAAAUACUCAAUGGGACUAGAACUGGCAUGUUACUUUUAAUUAAUUAUUUUUUUCCUUUUAAAAGAAAGGCCCACCUGUGAGACUAUAUUUAACAGCACUCCAUAAGGCUUCUGACUUUUCUGUGGUGUUAGGGUAUUUUAUUUGGAGGGGUGGCAGGGGAAACUAACUUAAGUGAAGCUAAAGAAAAUAGAUGAUUGUGUACUGUGCUUUGUAGUGAAUGUGCGUGUGUGCGCUCUCUCUCUCUCUCUUUUUCUUUCUUUCUCUCUCCCUCUCUCUCCCCACCUUUUCCCUCAUCCUCUAGUAUGCUGUGUGAGAGACCUGGGUCAGAGUGAUAGGCAUAACUCUUUGCUUUGUAUAUUUUCUUUCUUUUCCCAGCUGGAGGCAUCGCACACUGUGGUGCUAAUGUCUUUAUUGAAUGUUUUAACCAUUUUCAUGGUGGAAGAAUUUUAUAUUUAUGCAGUUGUACAAUUUUAUUUUUUCUGCAAGAAAGUGUAAUGUAUGAAAUAAACCAAAGUCACACGUUUGAAAAUAAAUCUUUAUUUUAAACUUUAUAAAAGCAAUGCAGACCCCAUAGAAUGGUGUUAAAUGUUGUCUAAAGUGCAAAACUCUAUGUUCUAACAUGUAAUAAUAGCCAGGAGUACAGUGCUCUUGUUGAUCUUGUAUUUCAGUCAGGUUGAAACAUUGGACAAAUAAAUGAAUGAACACA